CGUGUAGCAAAGUUUUUUAUAAAGUAAGUCACGUAAUAUACAGGUAUAUAAUUUUAUCAAAUCAGAAAAUAUCAAUAAAAAAAAUUAUGUGGAGGUUGAAGAUUGGAGAAGGGGCAAAUUAUCCAUACUUAUUUAGUACCAAUAACUUUGUUGGGCGACAAACAUGGGAAUUUGAUCCCAGCUAUGGCACUGAAGAAGCCGCCAUUGAAGAGGUGGAAGAAGCUCGUCGUAAUUUCUUCAAUAAUCGCUUUCAAGUUAAAGCUUGUCGCGAUCACAUUUGGCGUCUUCAGUUUUUAAGAGAGAAAAAGUUCAAGCAAACAAUAGCUCCAGUAAAGCUGGGUGACGAUGAGGAGAUCACGUUUGAAACUGCGACAACGGCAUUGAAGAGAGCUGUGAAUUUUCUGACGGCCUUACAAUCUGAUCAUGGUCAUUGGCCUGCUGAAAUUGCUGGCACUCAAUAUUUUCUUCCUCCCUUGGUCUUUUGCUUAUACAUUACAGGACAUUUGAAUUCUAUUUUUGGGCCAGAACAUCGUAGAGAAAUUCUUCGCAAUAUUUAUUGUCAUCAGAAUGAAGAUGGAGGUUGGGGAUUGCAUAUUGAAGGACACAGUACCAUGUUUUGUACUGCACUGAAUUAUAUUUGUUUAAGAAUACUUGGAGUUGGACCAGAUGAAGGUGACGAUAAUGCAUGCCCUCGAGCUCGUAAAUGGAUCCUUGACCAUGGCAGCGUUACACAUAUCCCUUCUUGGGGAAAAACCUGGCUUUCAAUAUUAGGGAUAUUGGAUUGGUCUGGAUGUAAUCCAAUGCCGCCUGAAUUCUGGAUCUUCCCAUCUUUCUUGCCUUUCCAUCCAGCAAAAAUGUGGUGUUAUUGCCGAUUGACUUAUAUGCCAAUGUCAUAUUUAUAUGGGAAGAGGUUCGUAGGACCAAUCACAUCUCUUAUCAAACAACUUAGAGAAGAACUCCACAGUGAACCAUUUGAGCAAAUAUGUUGGAGAAAAAUUCGUCAUUUGUGUGCAAAUGAGGAUCUAUACUACCCUCACUCAUUAAUUCAAAAAAUGAUUUGGGACACACUCUAUUUCAUGGGGGAGCCAUUGCUUACACUUUGGCCCGUUAAUAAACUGUUACGAAAGAAGGCAUUAGAGGUUACUAUGAAGCACAUACAUUACGAAGAUGAGAUGAGUCGUUAUAUUACUAUGGGAUGUAUCGAAAAGGUAUUGUGUAUGUUGGUUUGUUGGGUAGAAGACCCAAAUGGAGAUUAUUUUAAAAAACACCUUGCUAGAAUCCCUGAUUAUAUUUGGAUUGCUGAGGAUGGAUUAAAAAUGCAGAGUUUUGGAAGUCAGACUUGGGAUUGUGAAUUAUCCAUUCAAGCACUGCUAGCUUCUAAUCUUAGUCUUGAUGAAAUCGGAAAUGCUCUUAAAAAAGCCCACUACUUCAUUAAGGAAUCACAGGUAAAGGAUAAUCCAUCAGGAGACUUCAAGAGUAUGUACCGCCAUAUCUCAAAGGGAUCUUGGACUUUCUCCGAUCAAGAUCAAGGUUGGCAAGUUUCUGAUUGCACUGCUGAAGGCCUUAAGUGUGCUCUCAUGUUAUCAACAAUGCCUUCAGAAAUAGUAGGAAACAAGAUGGAUCCUCAACACCUUUUUGAUUCUGUCAACCUCUUGCUUUCUUUACAGAGUAAAAAUGGAGGACUUGCUGCAUGGGAGCCAGCAAAAGCUCCGAAAUGGUUGGAGUUUGUUAAUCCAAUUGAAUUCCUCGUAGAUAUUGUCAUUGAGCAUGAGUAUGUAGAGAACACAGGUUCAGUUUUACAAGCAUUAGCAUUAUUCACCAAGUUAUAUCCAAACCAUCGGAAAAAAGAGAUAGAAUAUUCAAUGGCAAAAGCAGCUCAUUACUUAGAACAAUCUCAAUGUCCAAAUGGAGGAUGGUACGGUGAAUGGGCGGUUAGCUUCAUAUACAGUACAUGGUGGGCACUUGGAGGACUAGCCGCAGCUGGCAAGACAUACACCAAUUGUAUUGCUGUUCAGAAAGCUGUUCAAUUUCUUCUUUCUACUCAAAAGGCGGAUGGCGGUUGGGGCGAGAGCUACCUUUCAUGUGCUCGUAAGGAAUAUGUGCCAUUAGAAGGGAGAUCGAAUAUUGUCCAAACAUCAUGGGCGUUAUUGGGUUUACUUCAUGCUGGACAGGCAAAGAGAGACGUUGGUCCCCUACAUCGUGCAGCACGACUUCUAAUAAAUUCACAAUUGGAAGAUGGUGAUUACCCCCAACAGGAAUCUUUGGGAGCAUUCAAGAAAACCUGCAUAUUGCAUUAUCCAAUGUUCAGGAACAUUUUUCCAAUUUGGGCACUUGGUGAAUAUAGGACUUGUCUUAUAUCUCCUUAAUUCACCCCACCUUAUUUUAUGUGAUGAGCUAAUGAAGCCUAACACAUAAUUAAACACCAUCGUAAGGUCGUUGUUUUUAUAAUAAUCGUGUUGUAGAAUGUGGCAAUGCUCAAAAAACUUAUCAAUGUUAUGAUCUCAUUAUUUCUCCAAACAAACAAUAUUAAUGUAUAACUAUAUAUCUUUGAUUUUAUCAUCCGAUUAAUAAGGGCGAAAAAAGGUCGUGGGUGUUUUUGGCAAA